CCUACCGACAUCUAUUUAAUGACACAGACUUGGAGUUUCCCAGGAGUAGGAUACGAUGUCUUCUCUUAGAGAGAUCUGACUCUGUAACCACAGACCAGAAGGAUUCACAAAGACAAAAAUUAACACAAAUAAUCUCUCAGAAAUUCAGAAGAAACCAUAGGAAGGGAAAAUGCAACACAUUUGUGUGGUACUGUUACUGGCAAUAGCCUCAGGAAUCACCUCGCAAACAACAGGUGAUGAAUGGACUCAUGUGAUUGGUAUCCUAAACAAAGAUGUCCUUUUGCCAUGUGUCUGCCUAAAUAUAACAGAUUUGAAAUUUAAGUGGCAGAAGGAUAAUGCGAACCGGUCCUUCGUUCUCAUCAAUGAGACAAGAGCUGACAAAAAGUAUGAGAGCAGGACCAAAACGUUUCUAAAGGAAAAUGAAAGUAACUGCUCUUUACUUCUGAAGAACAUCACAACAGAUGACAGUGGGAAUUACUCAUGCCGUUUUCGAGCUUCAGUGUACAAGAAUCAUUUGGUGAAUCUAACAGUCAUCCCAGAAUCAUCUUCAGAAAUCCCUAUUGUAGGCUUUAUAAUCGGCCCCACCGACUCACCUAAGACUUCCAGGCAGUUCUUCACAGUCAUUCCAGUAGUGGUUUUUCUUCUGGCCGUGGGUUACCUAUGGAAUAAGUACUUCAGCAGACGAAGAAUGAACUGGAAUGCACCAAACCAAGAGGUUUGACACAACGUUCUUCUGAGAAUGUUGUCUAGUCCAGUUGUGUCAUCACACCUCUGCCAUCAACAGGCAUUUUGCAACCUGCAAACCAACACAUGCAACAUGUGUUUCACUGGGAUAAAUGGAUCAAGAGGCACAAAGGUCAGUUUCUCUCCUCAGGUCCUCCAGAUUACCCAGAUUGCAAUUUGAUCUCACUUUAUCAGGGUGCAUCUGAACAAGCUCAGUCAAAAGACUGCCGACACAACUAUCUACACACAGGAGGCAACAAGCCCGCUACCAGCAUCCUGCUGCUAAACGCCUGAUUUAUUAUGGCUCUUUGGGUGGCACAACACUUGAUUGUUUUUGACAUUGUAACAGAUGCUUCUAGGAACAAUCAGAGGAAAAUUGAUAGACAUGUAAAAAAACACUCAAAUUUUUCUUUAGGUUUUACACUAUAAAACAUAUAAUUUGAUACAGUAUAGCCAUAUGGACAAAUGAAGUCUGAUCGUUGUAAUCAAAAUGUAUAUAAACAGGAGAAAUGCAAAACAAAUUAUUUAAAUUUUUACCAGAAUUAUUACUUUUUUUACUGUAGCUCUAUUUCUAUAUAUAUAAAUGCAAAUAUUUAACAAGUACUUAAAGGCAAUCUGGUAAUACUGGGUAAUUCAUAUUUACAUCUUUCUGUAUUUUCUCAUGUUAUGAUAAUUACCAGGAGUCCCAGAUCUUUGUUAUUUGCUAAUGAACUGUAUCUGUGAUAAAGUGGUUCCUGUGUAUUGUGUGUUUUUGUUUUACUCCACUAAAUAAGUCAUAUUAGCUUGAUGUAAAUAGGAGUUUGGUCUUUUAUUAUUUCUUUUAUUUGAAAAUGUGUAGAUUUUGUAUGACAUCCAAGAGGUUUGAUGCCUUCAAUUAAUCCUUGUUGCCAAAGAAAAACAUUUAGAUGUUUUUCUACUUUUAGAAAGGAUGUUGAACAAUGGGAGCUGGACUCCGUAACACUGCACUGAGAAUAUAACUCCAUUAGGUUCAUUCAAAACAAACUGCUAAUUCAGACCAUGGAGGGAUGCUUUGUUUCAAUGGAAAAAGAGCAAAAUGUGAAUAAAAGAUCGGGGCUCAAAUAUUUUGUACUGACUGUUUUUUGUUUUUCUUUUCUGUUUUUUAAAUGUGUCUUGAGUCCGGGCAUCGCUGUGAAAUAUGUAAUUCCUGGCAAUGUCCAGCUGUCACACCAUAUUGGAAAUAAAGUCCAUAAACCCAAGGAAACAAAGCCGAGGCAGUGGUGCUAAUUCAGAUCUCGUUAGAUAAAAUGUGACUAUGUUCAGCUCUCUGUGAGCAGGUGCUAGCAACACAGAAAUGAACUCUGAGUACAUACCCCUAAAAUGUGGUCUGCCGAUUUAAGCUUGUUUUUCAAUAAAUGUUAAUGAAAAAGUAA